AUGGCUACACCGUCGUUGGCGGAGAAGCUCGACAAGAUCAAAUCUCCUGGUCUGCAGAGUCAGAAGAGGCAGGCCGUCAACGAUGACACCAUCAACACAGAGCUGGCCACGCCCGUCGUCUACCUGCUCGACGUGGUGACACCCUAUGCCCCACAGCCCCUGCUGCGGUCCAAGUUCACGCAGAUCCUGUCGCUUCUGGCGCCCGUGCUCCUCAUGACGACCGACGCCGAGCCCAUCCUUCUCCGCUCGUCCAUCGGCUGCCUCGAGUCACUGCUGGUGGCGCAGGAUGCCGCCUCGUGGGAGUUGGGCGUGGCGCAGAUCAGCCCGCGCCGCGCCGUCGCCGGCCUGCUCAACCUGUCGCUCGACGGCAGGCCCAAGGUGCGCCGCAGGGCCCAGGACGCCGUCAAGAAGGUGCUGCGCAACCCGCCGCCCAGCCCGUCGCUCGACCAUCCAGCCGCCGACAUGAGCGCCCAGACGGCCGCCAAGAACCUCGAGGACCUGGCCGUCAGGGCACGCAAGGCCGGCAAGAAGGCCGAUGCCUCAAACGACCCCGCCAUCAUUCACGCUCUCCAGCUCGUCAAGACCGUCGCCGUCGCCAGCGGCGGCUGGCCCAGCAAGAAGAUCGGGUCGCUGUGCGAGCUGCUCCUGUCCAUCGCCAAGACCGGCAAUGAGUACAUGACCAUGGCCGCCUUCGACAUCUUCGAGGUCAUCUUCGAGGGCAUGACCGACGAGGUGUCGUCCGCCAAGCUGCCCCGCCUCAUGGAGAUCAUCUCCGAGCUGCGCCCCGCCGCCAACGAUACCCAGCUCGUCCCGCCCUGGCUGGCUAUCAUCUCGCGUGGCUACGACGUCUCCUCUCAGGUCGACGCCGACGCCGUUUUCCAGAACUUGCCCGAUCUGUUCGCCAUGGUCUCGCAGUUCCUCGAGUCGCCCGCCGAGAACAUCCGUAUAUCCGCCUCCGAAUGCCUCGUCUCCUUCAUGGCCAAUUGCAUCCCCAAGCAGGUCAUCCUCGAACCCUCCGUCUACGACGAAAAGAUACUCUCCAGGAUCGCCAAGUCGGCCGAGGCCCUCCUGACCGUCAAGUACCAGGCCUCGUGGCUCCAGACCUUCAACGUUCUCGGGGCCAUGUUCGACUCGCUGAGGUGGCGCGCCGACCCUGUCCUGCUCGGCGUCACCCAUACCAUCGGCGAGAUCCGCCAGUCUUCGUCCUUCCGCAACAAAAAGGAAGCCGACGAGGUCAUCGGAAAGGCCAUCCGCGCUAUGGGCCCCGAGGCCGUCCUGUCCGUCCUGCCCCUCAACAUCGCCAAGCCCGUCAAGGGCCAGUCGGGCAAGGCCUGGAUGUUCCCCACCCUGCGCGACUACAUCAGCAACACCAACCUGUCGCACUUCCGCAGGGAGAUGGUCCCCCUCAGCGAGCUCCUCUUCCAAAAGGUCCUCGACCACGGCGACGCCGAGAAGACCAUGGAGGUCAAGAUUUAUGAGACCCUCGUGCACCAGGUCUGGUCCACCCUCCCUGGCUAUUGCGACCUGCCCCUCGACGUCUCCGAGGCCUUUGACCAGUCCUUUGCGGAGAUGCUGGCCAACAUCCUGUAUAAGCAGGUCGAGCUGCGCCUCGACGUGUGCCGCGCUCUCAAGACCCUCAUUGAGUCCAACCGGGCCAUUGCCGGCAUCCCCGACGAGGAAGAGGAGGACCUCCUCCUGCAGAGCCGCAUUACCCGCGAGGUCGCACGCAGCAACCUUAAACUCCUGGGAACCUUUGCCGGGAACAUGCUGGCCGUUCUGUUUAACGUCUACACCCAGACGUUGCCCCAGAGCCGCGGCCCCAUCCUGCAGACCAUCAACGCCUUCCUGAGCAUUACGCCCGGGGUCGAGGUCACAGACACGUUCGACCGCGUGAGCACGAUGCUGGCCGAAGAGCUCAAGAACAGCGCCGCAGCGCAGGGCGACGGCAAGGCCAGGCAGCAGCCGCAGCAGCAGGGCAAGUCCAAGGAUCACAUGCCAUCCACGGCCCAGACGCUCAUGGACCUGGUUAUCACCAUGUCGCUGUACCUGCCCCGGGAGAGCUUCGGGGCUCUGUUCGAGAUUGCGUCGGUCGUCAUUUACAGGCAGGAGGAGCCGCAGCUGCAGAAGAAGGCCUAUAAGCUGAUCCCGCGGCUGAUGGAGUCAGAGACGGGCAAGGAGGCCCUCCACGAGCGCAACAGCGAGCUGCAAACGCUCAUAGUGUCGAGCACGGACAAGGUGUCGGCACCUGCGCGGCGCGAGAGGUUAGCGGCUAUUUCGGCACUCCUGGAGUUCGUGCCCGACGACUCGCUGCAUUUCAUCCCGUCUGUGCUGAGCGAGGUGGUCAUCUGUUGCAAGGAGAACAAUGAGCGGGCGCGCGAGACGGCGUACGAGCUGCUGGUGCAGAUCGGCCAGCGCAUGGCGUCAGCCGAGGGCGCCGUCAUCGACAACUCCAAGGUGCCGCACAUGCCCGACGACGCGCCGGUGGGCAAGGCCAGCAUCGAGGAGUACCUGACCAUGGUGAGCGCGGGACUGGCGGGCAGCACACCGCACAUGAUCUCGGCGUCCAUCACGGCCAUCAGCCGGCUCUUGUACGAGUUCCGCGCGUCACUGAGCGAGCAGACGCUGUCGGACCUAGUGCAGACCAUGGACCUGUUCCUGACGUCCAACAACCGCGAGAUCGUCAAGAGCUGCUUGGGCUUCGUCAAGGUGUGCGUCAUCAGCCUGCCCGUGGAGCUGAUGAUGCCGCGCCUGUCGACGCUGGUGCCCAACCUGAUCGUGUGGAGCCACGAGCACAAGGGUCACUUCAAGAGCAAGGUCAAGCACAUUAUCGAGCGCAUGGUCCGUCGCUUCGGCUACGAUAACAUCCACCGCCACUGCCCAGAGGCCGACAAGAAGCUCCUGGUCAACAUCCGCAAGACCAAGGAGCGCGCCAAGAAGAGAAAGGACGCCUCCAAGGGUGAAGCCGGCGAAGGCGGCAACGACGACGACGAAGACGACGACGACAACAACAACAAGCCCGCCAACUUUGAGAACGAGCUCGACCAAGCCUUAUACAGUAGCGAAUCCGACGAAUCCGACAACGACGGCGAAGACGCAAAGGCGUCAUCGCAAAGACCUCGGAACGGCGGCAGGAGACCCCAAAAGGGUGGCAAGACGUAUAUUGUCGAGGACGAAGACGAGCCCCUCGACCUCCUCGACAAGAAGGCCCUGGCCAACAUCUCAUCCACCCGUCCUGUCAAGAUGCGCAAACCCCAACGCACAAAGGCCAAGGUCGACCUGGACGGCAAGCUCAUAUUGGGCGGGGACGACGACGGCAAGGCCGACGCCAUGGACGUCGACGCCGACGCCGCUGCCACCUCGGGCGUGGGGGCCUACGUUGCCGCCAUCAAGGGCAGGGACGCCGCCGUGCGCGGUCGCGGCGGCCGCCUCAAGUUCUCCAACCGUCGCAACAGGGACGGCGUGGAUGACGACGACGACGGCGACGACGACGACGACGACAACGCUCGUCACAUGAGCGAGUCUGAUGCCGCGGCUGUCAAGAGUGGUAUCAGCCCUCGUGGCGGUCGUGGUGGCGGUCGUGGCCGUGGACAUGGAGGAGCAGGUGGAGGGGCAGGAAGAGGAGGUCGUAGUCGCGGCGGUGGCGGUGAUAGGAGUGGAAAAGGUGGUAUCUCGGCUGGUAGGAGAGGUCUAGGACAGGAUAAGAGGUCCGGGGGAGGUGGUGGAGGUAUCGGUAAGAGUCCUAAGAGGAGGUAA